CUUGAAAGCUAUUAAGAACAGAAACCAGUCAUGUGGAAGCCGGGGAGCGCAAAACCGAAUGAAUCGACUCCAUCGUCGUCGACCAAGAAGAACAAAAAGAAGAAAGGAUCUAGGCCAAAGUUAGAUCCACUCGGCAUCAACGACGGCGAUGGCAUGAACGCGAACUCCCAAAUGUCUUUGUCCAACACUCCCAAGUCACCUGCGGUCCCUCGAAAACGAUUAUCGGGAGGGACAAUGAACAUGAGGUUUAUGAAGCGAAGGAAAGACGAGAUAUCACAAAACGACCGGAGUAGUAGCGAAAGAGAAAAUCYGCAGUCGCAUUCGAAGGAAAAAACUUUCUCUCAUUCUAGAAUGGAAAUGGACGAUGGCAUGGACACGGGUGACGGCGACGAUGUUAGCUCGGYACAUAUGGGAAAUGUCGCAGAUGGGUCAAACUACGCGCAAGCUAACUCGGUAGAUAUGUACGGUAUAGAGGCAUCGUUGAUAGGACGACGAUCGUUUCGGGGUUUCAACGAACCUAUAGAGCGCAUAUGGAAGGAUUCAAAAGCGAUCUUAGAGAACAGCGAAGUUAGCAAACGGAAAGAAAAGGUUUCGGAUGAGGAGUUAUUGCGACGUUACAAAGAUAUAUCUUCGCAGCGAGGUACAAAAGGAGUUGGAGGUUUAGACAAAAAGAUGAAAAAGAAACGGCGGUAAUCCUCGUGUAGCAGUGAUCGAGAACGGUACUACGCUAGUAUGAUCUAACUUUUAGA